AAACCGAAUUAUAAUUUGGUGCUAUAAGGUUCUAUCUGCAACAGCCAAUCAGCACUUUGAAUGCACACAAGAGGACCAAUCAGGAUCAGCUUUCUUUGUCAUGUGACCGGACUCCUCAGUGACUUGUAUAUAUGACUCAGUGACUUGAAUAUCUGAGGAAACAAAACAAUGUUUUAAAUAAACCUCAAGUCUGUUUUAUUGAUACUCUUGUCAGUCAGAGCAGCUCAAAUGACAGUAUUUUAUGUUUUGUUUUAGGUUUUGUUGAGUAGAUUAAUUUUUUAUAUUUAUCCUCCUACGACCUGGCGUCCACAUGUGUGGACAUCACAUUUUUGGUUGUGUGCAGGACAAUACUUAAUUCUGUGUAACUGGAACCUGUUAUUCACAAACAUGGACCUUUACACUGCCAUCUGGUGGUGUCAGAAGAGAAAAACACUUUACAUAAAAAUUUCAAGAUGGCGGCGAACACAUCUGAAAAAUAAAGGCAGCUAUGGCAGCCCAAAACGUCCAAAAGGCCGCCAUGCAGACAUAUGACAGUAAAGGGCAGAACAUCUACACCAACGGCAGAGCAGGGCACGUCAACGGCAAAGAGACAACCAAGAUGCGAGAGGUGGCUUUUGAGAAGAACCCUUCUGAACCACUGGGUGUAACUCUUAAACUAAAUGAAAAACAGAGGUGUACGGUGGCAAGAAUUUUACACGGUGGCAUGAUACACAGACAAGGUUCUUUACAUGAAGGAGAUGAAAUCGCUGAAAUCAAUGGCAAAAGCGUCUCCAAUCAAAGUGUAGAUCAGCUGCAGAAGAUUCUGAAAGACACAAAUGGUGUUGUCACAUUGAAAGUCAUCCCUAAUCAGCAAGGUCGCUCUAUGCUGUUUGAGAUGUACAUGAGAGCACAGUUUGACUAUGACCCGGCCAAAGACGACCUCAUCCCGUGCAAGGAAGCUGGCCUGAAAUUCCAAACGGGUGACAUCAUUCAAAUAAUCAAUAAGAAAGAUCCAAACUGGUGGCAGGGAAAGGUGGACAGCUCCUCCACAGACUUUGCAGGACUCAUACCUUCACCAGAACUUCAGGAAUGGCGAGUAGCAAGCAAGAGCAAAGCAACACGGGAAGCUGGUCAGUCCUGCAGUCCUUUCGGCAAGAAGAAGAAAUGCAAAGACAAGUACCUCGCCAAACACAGCUCAAUCUUUGACCAGCUUGAUGUAAUAUCCUAUGAGGAGGUAGUGAGACUUCCUGCUUUCAAUAGAAAAACUCUCGUUCUCAUUGGUGCACCUGGAGUUGGAAGGAGCCAUAUUAAAAAUUCCCUGCUGAGCAAAUAUCCGGAGACGUUUGCCUAUCCAGCUCCUCAGACCACCAGACCUCCAAAGAAAGACGAGGAGAACGGCAAGGAAUAUUAUUUCAUUUCUAAUGACGAGAUGACCAGAUGUAUCAUCGGAAAUGAGCUGCUUGAAUAUGGCAGCUACCAGGGCCACAUGUUUGGAACCAAAAUUGAAACUGUUCACAAGAUCCACGAGCAAGGGAAGAUUGCCGUGCUGGAUGUGGAACCUCAGACUCUCAAAGUGCUCAGGACGGCAGAGUUUGCUCCUCUAGUGAUGUUCAUUGCUCCUACCAACACCGCCAAUCAGUCCGAGGCAGUACAGGCUAUACAGAAGGAAUCGGACAGCAUUCUAAGCUCAUACCGCCACUUCUUUGAUGAAACGCUUGUGAACAACGAUGUGGAUGAGAGCGUUAAGGGUGUGGAAGAAGCCAUCGAGAGAGCCUCCUCGACCCCACAGUGGGUACCAGUCUCCUGGGUGUAUUGAAAGAGCCAAUCCCUGACCCCCACACGGCAGCGCCGUGGAUAACACAAGACAGUUUGCACAUGUGUUUUACAGAAAGUUUGAAACAGCAAUAAGUUUGUUCUUUUUGUUUAAUAUGCGAAUGAAAUGACAGAGCGCUAUAACUAUGCCAGUAUAUAGCAUCAAGCGAUGACGUUGUUAGUGAUGCAAACAGGACCUCUACUGUGAUUUUAAAAUACCACUCAGUUUGUUGGUUUUGAACGGUCUUCUCUGAACGUUUUAGUUUGUUUUAUUUGUAUCAUGGUGUUAUUCUUAAAUACAAUUGCAUUAUAUACUAAGAACACAGGGAAAUCACAUGAACUAGUAUUUGGAAGAACUAGUAUUUUCUCUUGAAAUGUUUCUCCAUAAUGAUAUAUGGAUUUACCUCAAGUCAUAAUGUUAAGGCACUUUUAAAUGGACUGAAUAAACUCUCUACACUCCAACUGUGACUCUGUGUGUUAAAAAACGUUACGUUCA